AUGCAUUCAGUUUUUCGAAUUGGUGAAGUUCGAAAACUUGACAACAAAAGUCCACUUUAUGAAGUGGACCUUAAACUCACAUCAGAUGAUGACCAACAACUUCGUCAAUUAACCAAUCGUAUACGAGAAGAAUCUUCAGGUGGUACUGGAUGGCAUAGAAUGGAAAAAGUUUUGUCUCCUGAUGACCCGGAUUUGGCUCUAUCCUACAACAACAUCGGUCAAGUGUAUAACAAGAUGGGUGACUACUCGAAAGCACUUGAAUUUUACGAAAAAGACCUCGAAAUCACGAAAAAAGCUUUACCUCCGAAUCAUCCCGAUUUAGCUAGUUCCUACGGUAGCAUUGGUGGAGUCUAUAACGCCAUGGGUGACUAUUUGAAAGCACUUGAAUUUUACGAAAAAUCGCUUAAAAUAAGAGAAAAAGUUCUGCCUCCGAAUCAUCCCUCAUUGGCUACUUCUUACAACAACAUCGGUGGAGUGUAUAACGACAUGGGUGAUUACUCGAAAGCACUUGAAUUUUACGAAAAAUCGCUUAAAAUAAGAGAAAAAGCUCUGCCUCCGAAUCAUCCUCAUUUGGCUACUUCCUAUACUUGCAUCGGUCAAGUGUAUAAGAACAUGGAUGACUACUCGAAAGCACUUGAAUUUUUCGAAAAAUCACAUCAAAUCUUCGAAAAUGUUCUACCUCAAAAUCACCCUCAUUUGGCUAUUAGUUACUUGAAUUUUGCAGCAUAUUACGAAAGAAUGGGUGAUUACGCCGCAGCUCUUAAGGCUCUUCGAAGUGCUUUUCAAAUUCAACAACAAGCAUUUCAAGAAGGUAAUCCAGCUUUUGCUUCAACAUAUAGUAGGUUAGGAAGAGUUUAUCACAGUAUGAAAGAUUAUUCAAAAGCACUUGAUAAUUUCGAAAAAUGUCUCGCAAUACAUCGGAAAGCCUUACCUGACAAUCAUCCAGAUCGAGCUAUUACAUAUAGUAAUAUAGGUGAUGUUCAUCGAUUAAUGGGUAAUCAUGAAAAGGCACUUUCAUUUCAUCAAAAAGCAUUAAAUAUUCAAGAAAAUGUUCAAUGUAAUCCUCUGGAAUGUGCAACGACAUAUAUAAAUUUAGGUGAAACUUAUCGUGAAAUGAAAGAUUAUUCAACAGCAUUGACAUAUUUUGAAAAAGGAUUAGAAAUACGUGAAAAUAAAUUACCAAAAAAUCAUCCUAGUUUAGCUGCUGUAUAUCAUAAUAUGGCAAAAUUAUAUUUGGCUACACGAAAAUAUAGUAUGGCAAUGAAAAAUAUUCAACAAGCAGUUGAAAUAGCUCAAGAAAAAUUACCUUCAACUCAUCCUCAUCUUUUGGAAUAUAAAGAAACAUUUGAAAAAAUUCGAAAGAAAAUGUAA